CAUGAAUGGAUUUAGAAAAGGUUCAAAGAGAUACAUAAAAAUUCACCACAAUGCAGGGGCAUGCCAGAAAUCCCACAAAAAACAAACAAACAAACAAAAACAGAAAACAAACAAGCAAAAACUUAUGUGGUGGGUAUUAACAACUUCAUAGCUGGAUCAAACAUUCAAAGCUCCGAUCUUACUUUAUCUAAAAUGCCAUUUCUUUGUGUUUGGCUGUGUCACUUCCUCAUUUUAUGAUAGAUGCUGAGAUAAGAACCUGUAUAUAUUAUCUGUGCUUUCCCUUCAAAGUUUGUAGCUACAGGCUGAUACUAAGAAAGAAGAAGAGACGGUCAUUCUGCAUCCCCUCUGCCACACACUUUCUGAAGUUUCAUAACUUUGCUGUAUCGUCUGUAUCACCAUGAAGAUGUUUCCUGUGUGUGUGUUUGUUUGUGCUGUGAUGAUUCUGACCCAUGCUGCUGGUGACUAUUUUCUCCCUGAAGGAAGGACUGCAACUAAUCAAACAGUCAAAAGGCACCUGGCCAAGAGGUCCUCUGAUUGUCCUGGAGGCUGGACUCUGUUGCGUGGUCGCUGCUUCCUCUAUGUUCCAGGACCCAUGACAUGGGCUAAAGCAGAGAAAAACUGCUUGUCCAUGGGGGCCAACCUUGCAUCUGUACACAGCAUCACAGAGUACCAUGGGAUUCAGCACAUGAUAAUGACUGCCACUCAUGGCAACCAAGAAACCUGGAUUGGAGGAAGUGAUGCACAGGAGGAGAAUGCCUGGUUAUGGACUGAUGGAACGGCUUUCCACUAUUCUAACUGGUGCCCAGGAGAGCCCAAUAAUUACGGGCGCAACCAGCACUGUCUGCAAAUUAAUCAUAGCGGUUCCAAGUGCUGGGAUGAUAAAGGGUGUCAUGAACAUCGACCUUCUGUUUGUGUUAAGAAAAUAUGAAAUAUCUAUCAAAAUACACACUGUUUGGUGUGCAAUGACUUUUGUUUUUCAUUCUUCAUUUGGCUUUACAAUUUUUGUUUCAUCUUUUGUCUCUAGCAUAAAAGUUUAGCAACAAAAUAAAAAAUCUGUGUCAUGAAUAGUGGCACUCCCAACCCUAGUUCUAAACCGUAGCUUAAAUUUUCAACUAAAUUUUCAACUGUGGAAAAGUAUAAAAAGUAUUGCUCGUCUUUGCGCAUCUUUUCUCUGUAAACUCUUCCUCCUUUGCAAUAAUAAAACUCUCAAGCAUG